CCGAGACUGGCAGAGUUGAAUGCAAAGACGAAGAACAGGAGAAGCUCUAAUACUGCCUUCAGAUUAGACCUCAGCAACAUCCGAAUUUCACAUCUAUGCUGCCGUUCCGCGGAACCUGCACUAAUUAACUGGUUUAUCUGCGGUCGAAAGAGUGUUCAUAGCCACUGUUUCCCAAAGGAUGUGCACUUAAAAAAUUAAUGUCUAAAGAACCUGAUGGAUUAUCAAACACCGUUUAGUUUAAUCUGUCAUUGAGAGUGCCAGUUUUGAAGGAGCUCUUUUUUGGAGGUCUUGGCAAAUAGAUGUUUUUUUUUUUUCGUUUCGAAAUCAAACGCGUUUUCAGCAGAGAACGACCAGCAACAUCGGAUCUGCUCGCAUUAGUGCCUGUGGAUCUCUCACUGUUAUAAUCAAAUUUGCACUGGUGAACUGUUUUGCAUCGCAAUGGAUACAACUAUGUGGAGUUAUAUAUUAGGUCUUUUCAUGGUUGCUUGUCGAGUAAAACUAGCUCGAUCAACAGUUUUAGAAUCAAUAUACUGGAAUACUUCGAACACCAAGUUUGUCCCAGGAAAGGGUGUAGUACUAUACCCUCAGAUCGGAGACAAAAUGGACAUUGUGUGUCCAAGAAUCAAGCCAGGCUCGACUGAGCAGACGAACAUUGAAUACUUCCGGGUCUAUCUUGUUCCCAAAGAACAACUUGAGACCUGUCGAGUCACUAAAGGUGACAUGUUACUGCUCAACUGUGACAAGCCAGACCAGGAUGUGAAGUUCACCUUCAAGUUUCAAGAGUUCAGCCCCAACCUGUGGGGCCUGGAGUUCUACAAAGAAAAGGAUUAUCACAUUAUCUCCACAUCGAACAGCACUUUAGAAGGUUUGGACAACCACGACGGUGGUGUUUGUAAGACCAAAUCUAUGAAGCUGGUUCUGCGAGUUGGACAGAGUCCUACAGAUUCAUUCUCAGCUAAAAACUAUCCAACUAGAAAUCCUCCAAAAUACCCUGACAGUAAGGAACAAAACACCUUCAGCAAAGAAAACGAUGCUGGCAACAGAGUUGACGCCAUGCAGAAUGGUGAGUCCGGGGGCAAUAGCGGAGAGUCUGUAGGAUCCGCUGGAUCAGAAGUAGCUCUGUUUGCUGGUGUUGCAUCUGGUGCGGUCAUUUUCAUCAUCAUCAUCAUCGCUCUGGUAGCACUGCUGCAUCGGCGUCAUCAGAAACACUCGGCACAGUGCUCCGCCCAGCUGCCCCUAAACACGCUGCCCAAACGCGGAAGUGGUGCCACUGGAGGCAGCAACAAUAACGGCUCCGAGCCCAGUGACAUCAUCUUUCCUCUGCAGACCUCAGGAAGCAUGUACUGCCCGCACUACGAGAAGGUCAGCGGUGACUACGGCCACCCUGUCUAUAUCGUCCAAGAAAUGCCACCACAAAAUCCUGCAAACAUUUACUACAAAGUUUGACAGAGAAUGGACAACAAGCCAUGGCAACCCUCUACAUUGCGAGUAAAUCACUCGCAUAUGCGACUAAAUCUUCCUUCUGGCGACUAAAUGAUGUCUAAUAUUAGCCAAUGGCAUAAAUUCUCAGAUUUUACUCGCCAGUGUGUUAGUUUGAGGCUAAGUAUAAGUUAACACAGAUAUAUUUUCACGAUCACUCUUUGACUGAGAGGGCUUCAGAGUUUCACUCUCCGUCAGGCGAUCUGUGAUAUUUCUCAGUUCAUCUCAAUGGAUACACACCUGUAUUUGAUGUACCAUAAACUCUAGUGUGAAGGCGCGCAAAUCGACGUCACUUUCUCUCACACACACGCAUUGACAGAGAGAGAGAGAGAGAGAGAGUGAAUUGACACAAUACAUUUAAACAAUAUUAUUUGUUGUAUUUUCCUGUCAAAAUAAGAGCGAUCCUAUGGAGGUCUUCAGCUUUUAAGAACAGCCAGGUUUUCCGGUAGUGGGCGGAGUUAAUGUGCAAACGGCAAUCUCGUUGGCUGGCGCUCACCUAUUAUUGCCCCUGUUUUGAUUUCAGCAAAUCAGUUCGAGCGAACACACAAAACCUGAUUAAUAUUCAUUAAUCCAGCAGCUCAUUAAUCCUUAGUUAUCCUUAGUUUGUUUUAUAGUUCUUAUUAUUAGAAUUCUUAUCAUAUCAUUAUUUUUGUUAGUUUUUUCCCCAAAGUUAUUAUUAUAAUUUUUUUACAUAAACACUGAAUGAUCUAAAAAGCACCACCACCACUAAUAUUAAAAUGACUAAUAUGCAUUCAAAUUCAGUUUGGCGAGUAAACUAAAAUAUUUACUAGCCAAUGGCGAUUCAGUUGCCAAGGUGUCCGUAGAGGGUUGCAUGGACACAGAAAAGCCGACUAGCUCUGUUUCAAAUGAUGGACAUCACCGUUUUGAAGCGUCUCUGACGUUCAGAUGCUUGUGGCAGAUGUUUUAGCUCUAUUAGCUGGAUGCUAGAAGGGCUGAAGUGUUGUCUAAUUCAGAAGAACUUGGCUUUGAGACUUGAUUCUGGAUUAGAUGCUGGUGCACAUUGGGAAUUUGCUCUUCUGUUUAUACCUUAAAACUGGAUGACUUUCAAAGCCUAGAACAAUCUUACAGAUGAACAUGAAAGUCAUGAUGAAUAAACAUCUCAUGUGGAGGAUCUGCGAAUACCAACCGAUUUUGUUACAAAAAUACAAUAGCUUUUUUUAUUUUUUAUUUAUUGUUUAUGUUUCUUAACUCCCACUCAUGCACGAGAAGAGGCCUUUAUUCCUGUACUUUGCAAUUCUUCAAUGUAUUUGAAUCCAUCCAAUUGGAUUUAAGCUGAUAUGAACUGUCUGCAUCCCAAAGCUGGCCUGAUGGAUGCAUAUUACAUGUCAGUUCAGACAUUUGUAACCCUUAUGCUGUUGACGUGCAAGCCGGUGUGGUCCAAAACGCAUGUGGUUCUUUUAUCCCCAUUUGCUUAUAACUUUUCAAACAUUUAUUCAAACAGCAAACAAACAAAACUAAAGAUCAACAUACAGAAAGAUCCUUUGUUGACUUGGUAAUGUAAAUACAAUAGCCAAGCAUUUCAAUUAUGCUUUUUGUGUGAAUCUGGACAUUGCUCAUCCAUUACGUUUCUUCAUUGAAUGUUCGGUUGAUUUUGUUCAGAUACUUCAGGAGUUUACUUCAGCAGACUUGAAGCGACUUGUUGGCUCUAAUGGACUUUCUUUUUAAAUCUUGCAUUUCUUAAAAUUGUUUGUUGAUUCUAGCCCAUAGUGUGUUGAGGGAAUUUCACAUUCCAGAUGGCUGGCAAGGUUGAAUGAAAUGAUUCACCAUAGUCGCUGGUACUGUUCUCUUAAUCUUUAUUUUUUAUUUUUUUUAUUUCGUUUUGUUUGAAUGAAUGAUUGAAAUGUUAAAAAAAUUUGGUUUCUAUUGUUCAAAUAAAAUAAGUGGCCUCAAAGUCAAAACACAAA